AUGGGCACCGUAGCAUCAGCUUCGCCAAGAAAGAACAAGGUAGUGGGGAUACUGUCUACUAUUAGUCAUCGACACUUCACUGCAGAUGUUUUAAAGCACUUCAACAUGAGCCCUGUUCCUCUAGGGUUAGCAAAAAUUGAAAAUACAACGCUGAAAUCGCUUAUGUUCAAUAAGAAAGCCCAAGUUUUGCUGAAAGGAAUCAGCAUAUCUACUCAGUACGACUCUCUCGGAAAUGAGAGUGUUUGUGUCGAAAUACCCCCAAAUAUGAAGCAAUAG